AUGACAUCGGACGCAACGUCCGCGGGGGGCGGUCCGCCGCGGAGGGCGAGGACGUGUGUCCGCUGCGAGAGUGCCAAGCCCGUCCUGAAGCGCCCGAAGACGUUCGAGGCCGUUUGCAAGCAGUGCUUCUUCGACACAUUCGAGGAGGAGAUCCACGAGGUGAUCGUAGCCAACAACCUCUUCCGACCAGGCGAGAAGGUCGCUAUGGGGGCAUCAGGUGGAAAGGACUCCACCGUGCUGGCCCACGUGCUCUGCAAGCUCAACCGAACCAAGGGGUACGGGCUCGAGCUCUUCCUCUUGUCCGUCGACGAAGGAAUCGCCGGGUACCGCGACGACUCCCUCGAAACAGUGCAUCGGAACGAGAAGCAGUACGGCGUGCCGCUCAAGGUCGUGUCGUACAAGGACCUGUACGGUUGGAGCAUGGACGAGAUCGUCGCUGCGAUCGGCCCGAAGAACAACUGCACGUUUUGCGGCGUGUUGCGGCGGCAGGCCCUCGACCGCGGCGCCACGCUCCUCGGCGCCGACAAGGUCGCCACGGGGCACAACGCGGACGACGUCGCCGAGACAGUCCUCCUCAACAUGCUCCGCGGCGACAUCGCGCGGCUCGGACGCUGCGCAGACAUCAUCACGACGGGCAGCUCCCCCAUGCCGCGCGUCAAGCCGUUGCAGCUCGCGUACGAGAAGGAGAUCGUCAUGUACGCGUACUUCAAGCAGCUGGACUACUUCUCCACCGAGUGCGUGUACGCGCCCUUCGCGGCCCGGGGCGCCGUGAGGGACCUUGUCAAGGACCUGGAGGCUGCGCGACCAAGCGCCAUCAUCGGGCUAGUGCGGUCCGCGCAGCAGUUCCGCGUCGCCCCCGGAGAGACCAAGGGGCAGGAGCUGCAACGGUGCGGCAGGUGCGGCUACAUGUCGUCGCAGCGGGUGUGCAAGGCGUGCACGCUGCUGUCCGGGUUGAACAGCAGGAAGGCAGGCAGGCUGUUGGUGUGCGGGGAGGCGCCGUGA